AUCAUCAUUCUUGCAGACAACUUCCGUCAUCCGCUUCUCCGGCCGUUGUCUAUCUUUUAAUUUAUUUCUAUUUUUAUAGGGCGUCUUUUUUAUAUCAGCAGCAUCAUUGCUCACUCCUGUGCUACAUUAAUCCCAAUUGCCGUGUCAUAUCAAACGCUUCUUUGCUAUUCAUACAGCUUCCUCUCUCAGCACUGGACCAGCUGCAUCACUGCGUCAUCUAUAUACACCUCGCCCCCAUUCGAGCACAACAGCACUCAUAGAGGCUGGUUCUCAAACCUGCCUUCUAUGAUUUAUUACUCAUGUAUCAACUUUACAUGAUCAUCCUACACUAAUCAACAUGCAAACGGGGAGCGCAGGGUCAAAGUCAAGAGGUUGCCGCACCUGCCGGCGGCGGAAGAAAGGUUGUGAUCGUGCCCAGCCAUCCUGCAACCAGUGCCUCUCGGCUAACCUGGUCUGUGGUGGGUACGAGCAGGACUUUGUUUGGGUAAACGCCACCACCGAGGAACCGGAGAAGCGAAGAGACCAGACCCGUCGGGGCCCCUGGCAAGUCAGAUAUGCGACACAAUCUACCCCAGAAACAAGCAUUGUGCUCCGAGACUCUCUCGCUAGAACAGCCCGGGAAGUCAAGUACCUGGGUUCGUUCUGGUCCGCAUACCUACCCAAUGGCAGGGCCUUUUCCAACCAGGCCAUCAAAAGAUCCAAUGGCGGCUGGACCGGUUCCCUGGGUCGUUUAUAUGAUUCUGAGCCUACUCUUCGACUUGCAGCUCUGGCCAUUAGUGCCUCUGUGCUCGGCUGCCAGGCAGACGACACUCAAUUAAGGAUUAAAGGCCUACAAACUUACAGCAAGGCUUUGGAGGAAAUGAAGAUUGCACUGAAUCACCCCACCCGAUGGAAGGGGGAUGGACUGCUAGCCGCUGUGCGCGUAAUGGAGUUGUACGAGAUCUUCUUUGGCAUGGACACUCGCCACCGAACCGAAAUCACCAGCCAAAUAUCGGGUUGGAGGAGUCACAACGACGGCCUUCUUUCUCUCGUCCUCGCAAAGGGUCCCAAAAACGUUGGAUCUGGUGCUGGUCAUCAGCUCUUUGCAGACUGUAGAUUAAAUAUUUUUUGUGGCGUACUUACCAAACGAAUAAGAUCACCUCUCAGCGACGAGGAGUGGAAGACAUUGCCAUGGAUCGGUCGUGAGAAAAGUACAAACGACAAGAUUAUGGAUAUUUUGGUUGAUAUGACGGGCUUACUCGAACAAUUGGAUAACUUGAGAGCAUCCUCGCCUUCGGAAGCAGCUGGCCUGCUGCCCCCAAUUUUAACCCUAUGUAAGACUUCACACGAUGCCUUACUAGUAUUCGAACAAGAGAUGGGAGACAACUUAUUCACAUUUGACUGCCACAUUAUGGGCGAUAUAUUACCACUGCCUAGGGAGGAUAAGGAUGUGGCACACCUCCAAAUUACCCAUCUAUAUUGGUCAACGUGUCUGCUUCUAUAUUCGACAUUAGGGACUGUGAUAGCGAUGCAAGGCAGCGAAGCAGCACGCCUCCAACAAAGAGUCUCGGAGGCCUUUGAUCAGUUUGGUGAUUCAUUCUCAAAGAGAUAUCCCCGGACAGAUCCGAAAUUAUACACUACCAAGAUUGCACGAUCGAUUAGCUUGUUUUGGGAGCCAGACGCAGGCACGUAUGGUAACCACAUGAGCAUGUUUCCACUUGCACUCUGUAUGCAAUUCCUUGCCGCAACAGACCCUAAUUUUCGAAUGAAUAAGGAUUUCCAACUGCUAACGGAGGUAUUCCAUCGACCAUUUCUGGGGCAACUGGUUGGAAGCUUUGUUCGAAACCUAGGCCGAGUAGGCGGAACGAGUGGAAAGUCGGAUCCGGAGUGGAAAGGAGAUGAUGAUGUCGCCAGUAUGUGGUGGGGUGGGAAGGCUACAAACAUUUAAUGAACACAUCACGUAAUGAAUAAGAUUGAUGAUUACAAAAAGCAAGAGAAUGGUAUUAAAGCUGCAGAAGACUGCAAU